AUGAAUCUCGAUCACACACUAAAGCUCGAAAUACCAUUUGAGGAUGCCAAGCAGGCCAACAUAGCGGUGGACGUGUUAAAGCCGGAUCCAAUAUUGAGACCCCAGGAUUUCCAAGUGAGUUAUAAAGCUAGGGACAAUGUAUUUGUGGCCGAAUUUGAGAGCAUUGAUGACAGAGUACUGAGGGUCGGGGUGAGUAACGUCAUUGACAGUCUUAAGACCAUCAUCGAAACGAUGGAUGAACUGUCAUAG